AUGUUGAUAGGAGUUAGGUUAGUGGGGGGUGUGGGGGUGUAUGGGGGUUUGUGUGUUGAAUUGGAAAUUGUUUUUGGGUGGUGUGGUGGGUGGGGGGGGGGGAGGGAUGGUUUGGGGGGGUGGUUGGGUUUUGGGUGGUUAGGGGGGGGUGGGGUGUGGGGGUUAUGGGGGGAUGUGGGGGGAGGGGUUGGGUGUUGGGUGUUGUGGGGUGUGGGGUGGUGGUGGGGGUGGGGUGGUGGGGGGGGGGGGGUGGGGUGUUUGGUAGGGGGGUGGGGUGGGGGGGGGGGUUUGGGGGGAGGGGGUGUGUGGGGUGGGGUUGGGUUGGGGGGAGAUGGGGGGGUGUUUGGAUUGGGUGAUGUGGUUAGUGGUAAUGGGUUUGUGGUGUUGGGGGGGGGUUGGGGGGGUGUUUGGGGGUUUGAGGGGGGGGGUGGUGGUGUGGUGUGGGGUGGGUGGGGGUGGGGGGGGGGGGUGGAUGGGGGGGGGGGGAUUGGGUGGGGGAUGGGGGGGGGGGGGUGGGGGGUAGUGUGUGUGGUGGGGGGUGGUGUUGUUUUUUGGGGGAUUUUUGGUUUUUGUGGGGGGUGGGGGGGGUUUUUUUGGGUGUUGGGGUGGGUGGGGUGGGGUGUUAUGGUUUUGGGGGGGGUUUUGGGGGGGUGUGUUGGGGGGGUGGGGGUGUGGGUUUGGUGGGGGGGUGGGGGGGGGUGGGUUGAGUUGUGUGGGUUGGUUUGGGGUUGUGGGGGAUGUGUUUGUUUGUGGGGGGGGGUGGGAGGUUUGGAUGGUUGGGGUGGUUGGGGGGUGGUGGGGGUUGUUGGGUGUUGUUUGUUUUGGGGGGGGUGUUGGGGGGGGUGGUUGUUUUGGUGGGUGGGGGGGGUUGGUGUGGUGGGUGGGGUUGGGAGUUGGGUGGGGGGUGGUGGGUGUGGGUGUUGGUUAGGAGUUUUGGUGUGGUUGGGGUGGUGGGGGGGGGUGGGGGUUGGGGGGGUGUUGGGUGGGGUUGGUGGGUUAGGGGUGGGGGGGGGGGUGUGUGGUGGAGUGUUGGGGGGGGUGGGGGGUGGGUUGGUGUGGGGGUGUGUGGUGUGGGGUGGGGGGUUGGUGGUUGGGGGUUGGGGGUGGGGGUUGGUGGGGUUGUGUGUGGGGGGGUUUGGGGGGGGGGGGUGGUUGGGGGGGUGUUUGGUUUGGGGGUGGGGGGGGGGGGUGUGGGGGGGGGUGGGGGUUGGGGGUGUGUGGGUUGUGGGGGUGUUGGUGGGGUGUGUGUUGGUGUUGUUGGUUGGGGGGGGGGUGGUGGGGGGGUGGUUGGUGUGUGUUGUGGGGGGGGGGGGGGGGGUGUGGGGGGUUGGUUGGUGGGUUUGUGGGUGUGGGGGGGUGGUUGUGGUUUGGUGUGAUGUGGGGUGGGGGGGGGGGGGUGGGGGGGUGAGGGGGUGGGGGUUUGUGUGGGGGUGUUUGGUGGGGGGGGGGGGGGGGGUAUGGGGGGGGUUGGAGGGGUUUUGGUGGGGUGGGGUGGUUGGGGGUGUUUGGGUGGGGUGUGGGGUGGGUGGGGGGGGGUUGUGGGGGGGUGUGGGGGUUGGGUGGGGGGGUUGUGGGGGGGGGGGUGUGGUGGGUGGGUGGGGGGUGGUUGUGGGGGGGUGGGGGGGGGGGGGGGGGGUGGGUGGGUGGGGUGGUGGGGUUAGGGGGUUGGGGGGGGGGGUGGGGGGGGGUUGGGGGGGGGGGUGGGGGUGGUUUGUGGGUGUGGGGGGGGGUGGGGGGGGGGGUGGGGGGGGUGUUGUGGUGGGGGGUUUUGGUUUGGUGGGUGUAGUGGGUUUGGGGGGGGGGGGGUGGGUAGGUGUGGGGUGGUUUUGGGGGUGUGGUGGGGUGGGUGGGGUUUGGGGGGGGGUGUUUGUUUGGGUUGAGCUCAGUCGCAUCAGUCGCAGGAAUCAGGAGUCACAGCAGCGCCUCCUCCGACUCAGAUCUGAGCUGGAGCAGAAGAAGAAGGAGACCAGGGCGCUGCAGAACACGGUUAAGCAGAAGAAGAAGGAGACCAGGGCGCUGCGGAACACGGUUAAGGUGGUCGCACACCUGCCCCACACUCCGGUCGAGUUCCUGAAGCCUGGGGCUGAUGAUGAUUCCGCUGAUGCACCAAUCAGAGGCCAGUUCUGUGUGAGCCAGCAGGGGGCGCUGCUGCUGCAGGGACCACAGGCUCUGAUGACCUUUGAAGACGAGAAAGUGGCGUCCCGUGUUCUGCAGAUGGACAAAUGCUGCGUUUCCUUCGAUGGACAAACUCUGGAAGUGAAACCACAGAAGAUCCAGACUGAGAGUCACCUGCAGUUCCAGGUGGACCUGUGUGUGUCCCGCUCUCUCCUGGACGUGGUGGGGGUUGUGAGUGCGAUGCCCGAUGAGCUCCUGGAGAAGUGUGUUGCUCUGAGCUUCAGUGGGAGCAGAGCGGAGGUGACGUCUGUGAAGAUGGACCAUCAGAGAGACACGACCCGAGUCCAGCUCAGCCAACCAGUGGCAGAGUGGUUAACCUCUGGAGGAGGUCACACCGUGGAGCUGGAGACCACGACCAAAGUCCAUCUGGCUCCAGUGCUGGAACAUCAGCUCAGCAACUUCCAGACCUUCUGCGCCUCCUCCAAGCGCUCUGUGCUCCUCCUGGUCAGCAGAGACACUGGGGAUGAGGAGGAGGUGCAGGACCAGCUGGAGAUCUACUUCCAGAAGCCCAGUAACGGAGGAGGAGAGAUCGAGACCACAACAUACCUGAGCCCGGGGAGGAGCGAGCUGGCCCUGCUGAGUCCUGACCGCUAG